AAAUUUGCAUCAGGAAAUGUGUGGGAACCCGUACGUUGGUGAGACGUUUCACCCAAGACCGCAAAUGGCAACCUAAUGGUGGUGCUUGAGGAAAAGACAGGAGAUCACAGGAGUCGAUAGGAUUUAUCCUCUGGGGAUAUUGGAUUUUUAAAAAAAAUAAAGAUCUGGGCCAUACAUGAUGAGAUAUUUCACAUAAUGAGUGAAAACUGAUUUGCUGGUGAGGUUAAAGGAAAAGGCGUCCUAUUGCCAAAGACAUGAGGGAACAUCCUUAGGGGAACACGAAUAUUUGCACCAAAUUCCAUAACAAUCCUGUUGAGAUAUUUCUGUCUGGCUCCAGAAUCGCAGCUAGAAAAUAAUUUUAAAGAAUCAUUAAACGUCCAUACAAACAGAAUCCAAGGAACAUUUAUUCUUCUCUUGCUCUUUGUGAUUUCAGCUGCAGAGGUAUUUUAUCACCUCUAAAGGUCAUGAAAUCUGACCUUUCUGAAGGUCAGGUCUGACCCACGCACACCCCUUGACACUAAUUCUGCCAUAAGCCACAAAUGUAAGAUAUGUUUAGUUACACUCACCCUAUUUAAGUUUAUAGUCUAUAGAGUAAAAUAUAUGUUUGUUUUAUGUUUAAAAUAUAUUUCAACCAAAAUAAAUUCAACAUAUUUACGCCGGCACUGUUUCAUGUGUAUUUUCAAAAUGGAAAUAUAGAUUCAUGCAACAUUCAUCACAUACUUUGUUUUGAUAGCCUGACGAGCAACAAUACAAGUACCAUUUAGUGUUCAUUUUUGAAAGUCAAAUUUGUCCCGCAUAGCGGCCUUCUCAACUUUGCAUGUCUGCCUGCCGCGACCUCAUCCGGCUACUGAUUACUUCAAACUGACUUUAGUGUUUUGUGUUUUCUUUUUCACUUCCCUGUGAGCUGCUGCAGCAACAGCACCAGUGUCAGUAAGUGUGCCGCCGUCAGACGGAUCCUUCUAACAUCAUGAGACGCUGCUGUGAUGGUUCACCGACUCAAAUGGACGAAAACAGGAACAUGAACAUGUGGGCCUUUAUAUUUCUGUAUAUCGUGGGACUCCACACUUGCCAGGUUACCGAAAAAGACCCCUCAACACAAAUGUAUUAUGCCAAACUGACAAUAGAGAAAAGUGCAAUCGCAAAUAUAACCAACAAACUGACGCCUUUAGUGGAUGACUCUUGCACCGUUGACAACAUUCAAAGGACAACAACCUGUAAACCUGUCUCAGCUUAUACUGAGUGCACCUGCGAGUCGGGCCACAAAUGGGGUGAUAACGUCUGUCAGUUUAAUGAGGCCUGUUGUGGCAGCGACACAUGCACCUUCCCCCAAGACUCAGCUCAUAUGUGUGUUUCAAAAACCUCAGUGUCUGUCGAAGGAUCUUUCACCAUGACAGGAUUGGACUUCAGAGAUUGUCUGGCAGACGAGAUGUCUCAGGGAUUUCAGAAUUGCAAUAAGCAAUUUUUAGACGAGAUGAAAAAGGUCUACAGCACAUUGAGGGGAUUUGACUUCCUCAAAAUUACCAAAUACCGUAUUGGGAGCAUCGUCGCGGAUUUUGAAAUGGCCAUCGCUUACGAAGUGAAUUCAGAAGACCUGAUUAACAAAUCACAAAUCCUCACCAUAUUUCUGAAUGCCUCAUUACAUCUGGAGACUACAGGCUUUGUGUAUCUAAGAAUGCCAGACAAUCCCGUGAAGUACGGCGACAAACAGGAACUCAUAUGCAAAUCGAUGCAGGAUUUCCAAAUUCAACCAGUGUGGCAGCUGAAAAAAACGGAGAGUAAAGUGUUUGUCAUAAAUAAUGGCAGGGAGGCGGCGGUGACAUCAGAACCAUACACAUCCAAACUCUCUCUCAAAAACAUAACAGAGGUCUGGGCAGGAGAGUACACAUGUGCCUACCAUCAAAGGUCAACGUCAUACGACAUAGCUCACAAAGCCAGCGCCGUAAUGGAUGUAGCCCUUCUGCCAAUCAUUCACAUCACCACAGUUCCAUCAUUUCCACGCUGUCAAAGCACAGACGAUCUGGCAGUACUAGGCAAAUGUGAGAUACGGGAAAGCAUCGAAAGCUAUACUGUGAAAUGGACAAGUCAAAACACCGAAGCCACAAUUAUUCCUCUAAAACCCGACGAGCCCCUUGAGGAAACAGUUGGUUACACGGCUCAGGCAGUGGUUGGCUGCCACCGAAUGCCGCACAAACCACAACUAACGUGCACAUUUCAUAACAGGCACAAUCAAUCGAGAAAGGCCUCGGUUGAUAUCAAUAUCAUAUACGUUGGCGAUAAGUUCUGCAGAGCUGAAGGUGAAUGGAAAGAAACCAAAGCUGGGUUCACGGCAGUGUUGAAAUGCAAGAACACAGUCGGACAAAGACGAAGGAAAUGCAAUGAUAGCGCUGCAUGGGAAGAGGAGGUAGAGGUGUGUGUGAACGUCAACGUGACGAAUGCGCUGCAACAAGCAAGCAUGGUUGACAUCGGAGUUGGCUUGUUAGACGAGAAUGUUGCGGACUUAUUUUCCCGCUUUCAGAACAUCACUAAUGAAACGGAGGCGAUCAACACUUUUUCCAACGUGCAAGCAUCAGUUGAUGUACUCGUGGUCCUGGGCUACAAGCUAAAUUCCAUCAAUAAUGACACAACAGUGGAUGACCUUCUGGACUCUUCCAGCAAUUUGAUGGCAAAGUCUCUUGCAAAAUCUUGGAACGGAACAGUUGAGGGCAAUUUGUCAUUGGCUGAGACGUAUCUGGGUUGUUUUGAGAAAUUAAUUGCGGCGUCAAACAUAACAGCUAACAAUAGAAAAACAAACAUAGAGGUAGACUCGUGUAAUAAAGAGCGGGGGUCAAUAUGUACCAACACCGCGUUCGGCGUCACCGUCAAGUUUGAUAGUGCAGACAGUGGCACGGUGAAAACGACUGGAAUCAAACAACUGGGAAAGUACUUGCCCCAAACUGAUAAGAAGUACAAGCUCAACAGCAUCAUUGUGUCGACAACCGCCGAGACGAAACAAUUGGAUUCAGUCAAGGUGGAAAUUGAUUUCAAGUUGGAGCGUGAGAGGCCUCGCAAUGUUGAGAUAAAGUGCGUCUAUUGGGACAACACCACCAGACAAUGGUCAGAAGACGGUUGCGAGUGGUCGGGCCCUUGGGGAAGUGGCGGACGCUGUAUUUGCAGCCAUUUGUCCUCGUUUGCCAUUCUAAUGGCGAGGGAACCCAUAGAGCUCGCCGGAUUGUCUGAGAUAACCUUUGUUGGACUGUCAAUAUCGGUCAUGUCCUUGGUUAUUAGUCUUGCGAUAGAAUUUACCGUCUGGAGUGCUGUGGUUAAAACGAACACCUUAUAUUUAAGGCACCUGGCCCACGUAAACAUUUCUCUAUGCUUGCUGCUGGCAGAUUGCUGUUUUUUAGCAUCUUCUAAGCCACAGAAUAUAUCGGAAACCAUGUGCAAGACGUUGGUGGUGUUGAAGCAUUUCUGUUACUUGUCCAUGUUCUUUUGGAUGUUGUGUCUGAGCAGCACGCUUCUUCAUCAAGCAGUAUUCCUGUUCCACAUUGUGAGCAAGAAAGACUACCUGAGGUUCUCAUUGAUCCUGGGCUAUGCAUGUCCGUUGAUUAUUGUUGUGCUCACAUUUCUUCUGUGCAAUGGCGGUACUGAAAGCUUGUACUACAACAGUGACACCUGUUGGCUGGUGUACAAUGGACUAUUUAAAGGGUCCCUCCAUUCGUUUCUCGUACCAGUUGGCAUAAUUGUUUUCCUCAACGUGUUCUCCAUGCUGGUGGUGAUCAUGAAGCUUUUGGACCACCCCAAAUCCACAGAAACGCGUUGUGAAAAAGAGAGAAUGGCUGCCAAAACUAUCAUGAGGACGGUCAUUCUGCUGACCCCGAUCUUUGGCGUCACUUGGAUCUUCGGAUUUGGUGUAACAUUUUUCGACCUCUCAUCCGGAGACUUGGCCUCUGUGGCCAAUUAUGCCUUUAGCCUGUUGAACUCAUUCCAGGGCCUGUUCAUUUUGUUAACCACCUGCCUGGGGGACACACAGACCCGUGAAGCACUGCUGAAUCGUUUCCAGAAAAAAGUUGAUUCAUCCAUCAGUGAAAGCUCCACAAAGUUGGACACGACAUGAAAGAAAUCUCAAACGUGUACUCUUUAAAAUCACAACAAACUCCUACUGCAUGAUCACACGAGACCACGGAUAAUAGCAUAGUAAACGUCAUUUAUCUAUGAUGUUGAUAUUUUAGUUUUGUUUAACAUGGUUUAUACAAAUUGUUUAGUGGAUUUGUUUUUGACAGGAAAACAAAUUGUACAGCUGUAUUCUAUAUAUUAUAUGUUUAUAUUAUAUGUUUUUCAUUGCACUGGAAUACUACAGCAAAGCUCGACGCCGAGUUGGGCCUACGUCUGAAUGGUCCUCUUAGAGAUCAGGUUUUCUUCAUUUUCUUUGCCAUGCUCUGACCACUUCUCAUCCGUGUCAUCCAUUAUAAUCCCUUUCUGGGCUGCCAUCAUGCGGUAGGACUGGCACUCGACCUCCGCGCUGCAACAUUCAAAAACAGGGCAAUUUUACUUAACGACGGAUGUAAAAAGUUACUGCAUAGAUAGGUUUGUCGGGAGAGUGGGUUUGAAAGAAAAGAUUUUCAUUUAAAGUCAAUUAAAGAGAAAGAGUGUGGUAAUCAUGGACUGUGAUUCACAGCGUGAAAUACUAUCUGGGCUCCGUUUCCUACGUUUUAAGGAACCGAACGCAGUCCUGGUGCCCGUAUAUCUCGGCUAUCCGCGCUGGUUUGUCUCCAUAGCAGUCCUCCUUGUCGAUGGGGGCGUGGGAGGAGUGCAGCAGCCGCAGCACGGCCAGCCGGCCAGACUCGGCGGCAAAGUGAGCAGGAGUCCAUCCGUAGUCCGUCCUCAGACACGGCCUUGCUCCAUGCUCAAUGAGGAUCCUGACCGUCUCUGUAAAUCCUGUGGAAAAAAGGCAAACACAGUGUGAUCUGACACAUGCAUUUAACAACCUGUUGGUUUUAUUAUCCAACCUGUUAAAAAAAAAGAAGAAGAUACAACACGUCCUGCACAUAAGCAGAUGUUCGAAAUGAAAACACAGCACAGUAAAUAUCUACACUAGUUGGGCUCCUUUGCCAUUUUACUUUAAACAAUGUAUCAGAUAUAUCUCUUAUUUCUUUGCAAAUUAGAUAGUUGGUAAUAGACAUAUUUCAAAUGAUAAGUUAACUAUAAAAUGUAUCUGUAAUUUGUAGCCUACUGAAUUUGUGUUUUUGUCAUUGCAACAAGAUAUGUGGGGACCUUUCUACCACUUCCUGUUCAUUUACAACGAAAGACAACACCCUGAUUUAUGAAAAGGGUAACUAAUGUGCGGAUUGAUAUAUUUCAUGUGAUGUUGUGGCUUGUGUGUGUAGAGGUGAGGAAGUGAAUAUGUGAAGAACAUUCAACACUUUAAAUAAUAUAUAUAUAAAAAAAAAUAAACUUAAUGAACAGACUUAA